AUGGCAGAAGGUCUUUCGGUCUUCCUAGCGGGCCUCAAUCUCGGAGGUGGUCUCUACGCAUGGUCAGACGUUCGAGUGCUGGCGACUGUGAUCACUGGUGUCGUUGUUCUGGUUGGUUUCCUGCUAUAUGAAUGGCGUGGCACGAAAACUGGCAUCCUACACCAUGAAAUCUUCACGGGCACUGAUGGAACUGGAAGAACAGCAGCAAUUUCGAUGUUUCUUAUAGUCGUCGAAGCCAUGAUGGCAACUGCCUACUAUCUCUUUUAUCCAGUCCAGACGACAGCCUUGUUCGAUACCGAGCCCAUGAAAGUAGUGGCUCGUCAAGAAGCGUUUUGGGUCGGAUGUAUCAUAGGCAGCGUCCUAUUCGGAUACUGGAGUACCAAGUACAAGACAAUCCGAGCUCCAUUAGCAGGGGGUUUCUUUAUCUUCAGCUGUGCGAUGGUCGGGUUCUCCACCAUCCAACCAGGACACUCGGUAAACGCCAUUGCUUUCGCGACUAUGUCGGGCUUCGGAUUCGGUGUCGUUCUCAUACUUGUCGUUGCUGGAGUACAGCUUUGUACGCCUCAUCAUCUCAUUGCGACCUCGACAGCCGUUGUGACCACGUCUCGAGCUGCUGCCGGCGCAAUAGCGCUCGCCAUGUACGCUGCCGUGUUUCGUACUCGCAUUGAAGAAAAGCUUCCUGCUUAUAUUGCUGAAGCUGCCGUCGCGAAUGGCCUCUCGCCAGAUUCCGUCCCCACCUUUGUUGGGGCCUUUCUUAGCAACGACACCGUUGUCCUCAGUAACACCACAGGAGUGACGACAGCCCUAAUAGCGGCUAGUGUUGUCGCCACCAAGCAAGCAUACGCCGAUUCACUGAGGAUCGUUUUCAUCAUGGCAAUUCCAUUCGGUGUCACCGCCCUGGCGGCCUGUUACUUCCUGGCCGACAUCAAUAAGCUGAUGAAUUAUGGGGUUGAUGCCCCUGUGGAAACUCUUCACGCCAAACAUCAUCAAGACGUUGAAGAUCACAGAGAGUGA